UCAGUUAGACGGAAUCUGUACGUCAAGACUGAAACUUUUGUUACGUCUUGAUUGCUAGUGUUCUCCGACUGUUAAAUAUUUUAGUUUAAUUUUUAUGUGUUUUUCAUAAUGCUUUUUAUUCUUGUAUUGUUCUCCACGUUGGGUUCUUUUUCAGGGCUCAGUUUAGGGUGUGAAGAGAACGAAUUUUUAUGCCGAUUUUCCCAUGCUUGUAUUCCUGUGGAGCAGAAGUGCGACAAUGUUAUCCAAUGCCCGCAUGCUGAAGAUGAACACAACUGUCCUUCAAGUUGUAAUGAAGAAGAAUUUCUCUGUGAUGGGCUCUGCAUGUCCAAUAUUUUUUAUUGUGAUGGAUUUAAUGAUUGUCAGGAUAGGACUGAUGAAGCACAUUGUCCAAGCUUCAAGACUGAACAUCUUUGCCCUGAAAACUACUUUAAGUGUGCAGAAGGAACCUGUAUCCCUAAUUCAUUUCUAUGUAAUGGUGAACCUGACUGUCAACGAGAAGAGGAUGAAGAGGAUUGUCCUGGACUGGGACAAGGAGUACCAGACCAUGGCUGUCCUGAACCUAAUUAUAGAUGCAGUGAUUCAGAGGGCACCUGUAUGCCCAAAAGAUUCGUGUGUGAUGGGUCCCCCGACUGUAAGGAUGGUAGUGAUGAGACUGGUUGUGGUAAUCUUGUCAGGCACCAUGCUUGUAAUGCUUCUCAGGGAAUGUUUGUUUGUGGUAAAGAUGAAUUUUCUGAUCAUCUAAUCAGGUGUUUGCAACCAGAUCAAGUUUGUAAUGGAAAACCUCAGUGUCCCCAUGGCGAAGAUGAAGGACCCAUUUGUGAUGAAAAGAAAUGUUCAACAUUUGGCUGUGAACACAGCUGCUUGGAAACUCCACAGGGUCCUCAAUGUUACUGUAAAAUUGGAUUUACACUUAGCGCUGAUCAUAAGAAUUGUGAAGAUAUUGAUGAAUGCUCGCAGUAUGGUGCAUGCAGCCAAAUAUGUCUAAACACAAAGGGUGGGUUUGAAUGCAGGUGUACUGAAGGAUACAUUCUCAAAAACUCCACAAAAUGCAUAUUUUCUGGCUUGUCCCAAUUGUUUCUAGCAAGUGAAGAAGAAUUUAUGGGAGAGAUAAGAACCAUUGAUUUGCAAACCCAUGAGUACUACCCUGUGGUGACAGGAAUUUCCAAACCUGUAGGUGUAGCAUAUGAUCCGUUAAACAAUCAACUUUUCUGGACUGAUUCUACACCCGGCAGAUCUGUAGUGGAACAAAAACAUCUCCUGCAUAAUUCUAGUGGAACUGCUGAAAUAUUUAUUGAAACUGGUCUUGAAAAUCCACAAGACAUAACAGUUGAGGCGGCUAGUGGCUUACUCUUCUUCACAGAUGCUGGGAAAGGACAAAUUGCAGCUUGUAGCAUAGAAACAAAAUAUUGCACCAUAAUAUCUAAAGAGCAUCUUCAAUUGCGUGGAAUUGCAGUACAUGCUGAGAAGAAAUUACUGUUUGUAACUGAAUGGGGAAGCAAACCUCAAAUUGUAAGAAUGAAUCUUGAUGGCUCUGACAGAAGCACUCUUGUUAAAUCUGACAUUGUUUGGCCAAACGGUGUGGCUGUUGAUGCUUCUAUGAACCGUGUUUACUGGACAGAUGCACAGAGAGAUUCAAUUGAAACUGUUGAUAUUCAUGGGUUUGACAGAAGAGUAGUUGUUAAAGAUGUCUACCAUCCCUUUGGAAUUGUUGUGUUUGAAGAUACUGUUUACUGGUCAGACUGGCAUGAUUACAAGCUCUACUCGUGCAAUAAAUUCACUGGCAAAGAUAUCAAAGUUCUUUUGGAAGUCCCCUUUAGGAUAAAUGGAAUCUCACAUCAUCAUGUCUAUCCAAUUGAACAUUCUAGCCCCUGUUCAAAAGCCAAAUGCUCUCAUAUCUGCAUACCUUCAACAAGUAGCCACACCUGCAGAUGUCCUCAAAAUAUGCAUCUCAAUUUUGAUGCAGAAACUUGUGUGCAUUCAAGGCAAAACUUUGGACUUAUUGUUUCUUCUGGGAAGAGUUUGUAUUCAUUGAAACCACAAAAUCUAGGAAAGAUAAACCUUGACUUGGUUGGGGUUGUUGAAAAUGGAAUAGUUGAUGGAAUGUCAACAAAUGCUUUCAACGGUCAUCUGUUUGUACAUACUGACUUGGGAAAUGUUGUUAGUGUCAACUCUUACACAAAAUCAUCCCAAGCUAUCUAUAGACAAAAUAACAUGAAGAUGAUGGCCUUUGAUAACAACCAAAAUCUUUUCUGGAUUGAUGAGAUAAAGAAAUCAAUAGUUGUUAAAUCUCAAAAAUCCAAACUAAUGCGCACAAUCUUCAACUGUGAAAACCCGAAGACGCUUAUCUACAUGAAAAGCUGGAACUUCAUAGCCUUUAUUGAUGGAACAAGUCUGCAUGUGAGCUCAGUUGAUGGAAUGCUUACCAGGAUUGUCAGUUCUAAACUGCCUGAUGACUCAGUGUUGCUUGCUUACUCUGAGAAGACUGAGACCUUCUAUAUUGCUGGAUCUGAUAGUAUUCAUGCAUAUUCUGAAAAGUUAGGAUAUCUAGAAGAUGUUGUGCUUGGUACUGGGUAUCCAACAAGCAUGUUGGUUCAGGAUGGAUAUCUCUACUGGACUGAGAAAGGAUCUAAUCUUCUAAGUUGGAUCAACAUCAACAGGCAUGAGGAAAAAAGAGAGGUUUCAAAGCUGACAAUUGGAAGCCUUAAGAACCACACUUACUAUCUAAGCUCUUGGGAAAGUGAGGAUGUGAAUGAUCUGAUCUGUGAAUUUAAAUCUUGUUCAGAUAUUUGCCUUGCAACAAGUCGUAUAAACCCCCAAUGUGUGUGUGGUGAUGGAAGAUCAAUUGUUAGAGAUGGUGAAGGCGCUUGGUCAAAAUGUCAGGAUGAUUUUGCCGAGUUUUCAGAAAAGACUGAGUCUGAUAACCUAAAUGACUCCAAAGAGAAAAAUGCUCUUUUGAUAGGACUUCUGGUUGGAAUUGUACUGCUGAGUAUUCUCCUAGUGGUUUUCUGCUGUGUGACUAAACGUCAACAUUUUAAGAAGUCAACAGAAUUUCUCAACAGAUCUUUUGGCCUUAUUCCUUCUCUUAAUAAGUCAGAACAGGGACUGAGCCCUGUUGCAGUUCUAAGCUGUGGAGCUAGAAAUGAGAUUGAGAAUCCAGGAUUUUAUUCUGUUGAGCUAGGUUUCUCACAGGCUGAUUCUACUCUCUCUCAUCCAUCAUCUAGAUAUAGCAGUUCUACUCCUGGACUCAGGUUCCCAGCUCCCCAGGAUACUCGAGGGGAGAAAGGAGAGAGGACUAAGGAAGGAAUGCUCCCAUCUCUUUUCAGGACUAUCCGCCAUUAUAGAGAUCCAAAGAUGGUUGCCCUUGAUUGGUCCGAAAACACAGUUCCCUAUGAAACUUUGGUUGCUGCCCGAGGUAGUUCUACUCCUAGUCUACGAAGGAUGGAAACUAUUGAUGAAAAAGAUUCUGCUUACAACGAAUUAUCGGGCUCUAUGGACUAUGAAGAUGAUUCAUCUAAUGACAGAAACGUGUUGGUGGUUUGAGGCUGUCGAAUUGUGAUGUCUCAAUAAAUUUUAUGUAUUUUAUGUAAACAUAUCUUUAUUUUAUAAAUAGCUAAAUCAAC